CAAAAAUGGCUGUUAGUGUCCAGUGGGUCACCAACUGCGUCCCAUUAAUUUGUGUUGAAUUCUGGUGAUAUUCCAAGGUCCAUAGCUUAUAGCGAAAGUAACUGGAAACAUUUACUACCGCAGGUGGUUUCCAUUGCCGCGGCCCCGUCAGUGGCGGUAUAUCGACUUGUGUCGUCAAACUGGCUAGAGUAACAUUUGUAAACAUUAGCUAGUGCUAGCUCGCUAGCUAAGAGCUGGUAAAAUGGCCACCAUGGAGAAACUGAUGAAGGCCUUCGAGUCUCUCAAAUCAUUCCAGCAGCAACAGGGCCCGUUGUCUGCAGAGGAGCUGGUCCAAAAACAGAAAAAAGAUCUAGCUACGACCAAAAAAGAUCGGGUGGCUCAUUGUUUGACAAUAUGUGAGAACAUCGUAGCGCAAUCUCUAAGGACUUCUCCAGAGUUCCAGAAACUUCUGGGAAUUGCCAUGGAAAUGUUUCUGCUGUGCAGUGACGACAAGGAAUCUGAUGUCAGGAUGGUGGCGGAUGAGUGUUUGAACAAAAUCAUUAAAGCAUUAAUGGAUUCCAACUUGCCUCGAUUGCAGCUUGAGCUAUACAAAGAGAUUAAAAAGAACGGCGCCUCUCGGAGCCUGCGGGCAGCUCUGUGGAGGUUUGCUGAGCUCGCUCACCUCGUGCGGCCACAGAAAUGCAGGCCAUACCUGGUGAACCUGCUCCCGUGCCUGACGCGGAUCACUAAACGUCAGGAGGAAACGGUGCAGGAGACACUGGCUUCCUCAAUCCCCAAAAUCAUGACAGCCCUCGGACACUUCGCCAAUGACGGGGAGAUCAAGGUGCUUCUAAAAGCCUUUGUGGCAAACCUGAAGUCCAGCUCUCCAACUAUUCGGCGCACAGCGGCAAGCUCUGCAGUCAGCGUGUGUCAGCACUCGCGCAGAACAAACUACUUUUACACCUGGCUCCUCAACGUGCUGCUGGGUCUGGUGGUACCGGUUGACGAGGAGCGCCCCAGCCACCUGAUUCUGGGGGUGUUACUGACCCUGCGUUACCUGGUACCCUUGCUGCAGCAGCAGGACGCCAGCACCAGUCUGAAGGGCAGCUUUGGGCUCAUGCGCAAGGAGGCAGACAUCUCCCCAACACCUGAGCAGCUCGUACAGGUGUAUGAGCUGACCCUACACUACACACAGCACCAUGACCAUAAUGUGGUGACUGCCUCGCUGGAGGUCCUGCAGCAGACGUUCCGUACUCCUCCUCCGGAGCUCUUACACACACUCAUAACUCUGGGCAGCGUCACACAGACCAGCGUCUUCAGAGAGGAGAAAGAGAGCCGCACACGCAGCGGCAGCAUCCUUGAGCUCAUUGCUGGUGGGUCAACAUGCAGUCCGCUCAUCCUCAGGAAGCAGAAAGGUAAACUGCUGUCAGGUGAGGAGGAAGGUCUGGAGGAUGACCCUGAGAGGGCAGAGGUCACUACAGGGUCCUUUACAGCCUCGGUGGGUGGAGAUGGCUCCAGUGACGCCCCCUCCUCCUCUGGCGUGUCAUCGCUCGGCCCUUCUAACAUCAUCACGGAGCAACCUCGUUCUUCCCAGCAUGCUCUGCAGCCGGGUGAUUCUGUGGACCUGAGCGCAUCGACAGAGCAGGGUGCUGAACCCGACACUCCGGAUGAGGAAGAUGAGGAAGACAUGCUAAGUCGUAGCUCGAGUGGCCCUGCUGGGGUCAUCGGCACAACCACUGACUCCAAUCAGGCCUCCGCAGCGACGGUAUCAUCGUCACCUCCUAGCGACAGCUCCCAGACGACCACGGAGGGGCCGGACUCGGCCGUGACGCCCUCAGACUGCGCUGAGCUCGUACUGGAUGGCAGUGAGAGUCAGUACUCAGGGAUGCAGAUUGGUACUCUGCAGGACGAGGAAGAUGAGGGAGCAGCUCCAGCCCCCGAUGAACCUUUAGGGUCAUUCUCCCAGUCUGCGCUAGCACUGAGUAAACCUCACCUUUUAGAGGGUAAAGGCCAUAACCGUCAAGCUUCUGACAGCAGUGUGGAUCGCUUUAUACCAAAGGAUGAAGUUCUGGAGCCUGCAGACCUUGAUAACAAGCCGUCCAGGAUUAAAGGCGAGAUCGGCCACUACACGGCCCCAGCUGAGGCACCCCUGGUGCACUGCAUCCGCCUACUGUCUGCUUCCUUCUUGCUCACUGGCUACAGAAACGGGCUGGUCCCUGAUAAGGAGGUGCGCGUGAGCGUGAAGGCUUUGGCUGUCAGUUGUGUGGGAGCUGCUGCGGCUCUUCUCCCAGAAGCCUUUUUUAACACGCUCUACCUGCAGCCACUGGAUGGGCAGCAGCCAGACGAGCAGCAGUACAUCAGUGACAUCCUACAGUACAUCAAUCAUGGGGACCCUCAGAUCAGAGGAGCUACAGCCAUACUGUGUGGCGCUUUGAUCCAGGCCAUCUUGCUCAAGACCCGUUUCGUCUCCGAGCCCUGCCUCUCGCACCUCCACAGCACCACCGGAAACCCUGUGUCUCUGGAGGACUUUGUGCCCUUACUCCAGCAAAGUCUGAAGGACGAGUCCUCGGUCACGUGCAAGAUGGCCUGUUCGGCUGUUAGGCACUGCAUCAUGGCUCUAUGCAGUAGCACCCUUAGUGAACUGGGUCUGCAGCUCCUCAUUGACCUCUUGACCUUGAGGGAUAGCUCCUAUUGGCUGGUCCGUACUGAGCUGCUCGAAACUUUGGCGGAGGUGGACUUUCGGUUAGUGUGUUUCUUGGAGAAGAGAUCAGAGAAGCUGCACAGAGGAGAGCAUCACUACACCGGGUCUUUGCAGCUGCAGCAGAGAGUGAUCAGUGAUGUAGUUCUUUUCCUGCUGGGGGAUGAAGACCCACGAGUGCGACAUGUUGCUGCUUCUACCAUUACCAGACUGGUGUCCAGGUUGUUCUACGAUUGUGACCAGGCACAGACAGAUCCAGUGGUGGCAAUCGCUCGUGAUCAGAGCAGUGUGUAUUUGCAGCUACUGAUGCACGAGACCCAGCCUCCCUCCCAGUUUACUGUUAGCACCAUCACGCGGACGUAUCGGGGAUAUAGUCUGUCAGCGAGCGUGUCGGACAUCUCUGUGGAGAACAGCCUGUCCCGGGUCAUCGUUGCCAUCUCUCACACCCUCACCUCCUCCACCUCCCGAGCUCUGACUUUUGGCUGCUGUGAGGCCCUGUUCCUGCUUUCCUUCGCCUUCCCAGUGUGCACCUGGAGCACAGGAUGGCACUGUGGGUUUGUCACCUCCGCCGUGUUCCAUGCCAGCCGCACCAUCCAGGGCCGGAGCAGAGGGCGCACCUUCAGUCUGUCCCAGUGUCAGUCAGGCAACAGCGAGGAGGGGCGCCAGAGCCUGACGGUGGGCGUGGCCAGCCUGGUGCUGUCUCUGCUGUCCUCUGCCUGGUUCCCGUUGGACCUGGCAGCACAUCAGGAUGCCUUGCUGCUGGUCGGGAACCUGCUCGCUGCUACUGCCCCAAAGUGCAUGAAGAGCCCGUGGUUGGGUGAGGAGGAGUCUAGCUCCAACCCCUCGAAACAAGAAGAGGCGUGGCCUGCCCUUAGUGACCGCUCUGUGGUUUCCAUGGUAGAGCAGCUGUUCUCCCACCUGCUGAAGAUCCUCAACAUCUGUGCACAUGUUCUAGAGGACACGUCCCCAGGCCCUGCAGUCAAGGCCACUCUGCCCUCGUUGGCCAACACUCCGUCUCUGAGUCCAAUCCGGCGGAAGGGUAAAGAGAAGGAACUUUCAGAAUCCAGUGCUACCCCUAUGAGCCCAAAGAAAGGAGAGACCAAUACAGGCAGGCCAGCAGACAGCACAGGCACAGCUCCAGUGAAUAAGUCCACUUCAGUGGGCAGCUUUUACCACCUGCCCCCUUAUCUGAAGCUUUACGACGUGCUCAAAGCUACUCAUGCAAACUACAAAGUAACGCUGGACCUCCACAACACCAGUGAAAAGUUUGGCAGCUUCUUGCGAUCAGCGCUUGAUGUUCUCUCCCAGCUGUUGGAAUUGGCCACCCUGCAUGACAUUGGCAAAUGUGUGGAGGAAAUCUUGGGUUACCUGAAGUCAUGUUUCUCAAGGGAACCCACCAUGGCUACAGUAUGUGUCCAGCAGCUGCUAAAGACCCUUUUUGGCACUAACCUGGCAUCCCAGUAUGAUGGGACUUCCUCCCACCCCUGCCGGGCCCAGGGGAAGGCCCUGCGUCUGGGCUCGUCCAGCCUCAGACCAGGCCUCUACCACUACUGCUUCAUGGCCCCGUACACACACUUCACCCAGGCUCUUGCAGACGCCAGUUUGAGGAACAUGGUGCAAGCAGAACAAGAGCAGGAUGCAUCAGGGUGGUUUGAUGUAAUGCAGAAAGUGUCCAAUCAGCUGAGGUCUAGCAUCACUAACGUGACACGCCAUCGAGGAGACAAGAAUGCCAUCCACAACCACAUCCGUCUGUUUGAGCCUCUGGUGAUCAAAGCGUUGAAGCAGUACACCACAAGCACAUCAGUGGUCCUCCAGAGGCAGGUACUGGACCUGCUGGCCCAGCUAGUUCAGCUCCGAGUCAACUACUGCCUGCUCGACUCAGACCAGGUGUUCAUUGGCUUUGUGCUGAAGCAGUUUGAGUACAUCGAGGUGGGGCAGUUCAGGGAUUCGGAGGCAAUCAUUCCCAAUAUUUUCUUCUUCCUGGUGCUGCUGUCCUAUGAGCGCUAUCACUCCAAACAGAUCAUCAGCAUUCCAAAGAUUAUUCAUCUGUGUGACGGCAUCAUGGCCAGCGGCAGGAAAGCUGUUACCCACGCCAUCCCGGCCCUGCAGCCCAUAGUACAUGACCUCUUUGUCCUCCGGGGCUCCAAUAAGGCUGAUGCAGGCAAAGAGCUGGAGACACAGAAGGAGGUGGUGGUGUCCAUGCUGCUGCGCCUUGUACAGCACCACCAGGUGUUGGAGAUGUUUAUCCUGGUCCUGCAACAGUGCCAUAAAGAGAAUGAAGACAAGUGGAAGAGGCUGUCGAGACAGAUCGCUGACGUAAUCCUGCCCAUGAUUGGCAGACAACAGAUGCACUUGGAUUCCCCUGAAGCGCUGGGCGUUCUGAACACACUGUUUGAGACAGUGGCUCCAUCCUCUCUGAGGCCAGUGGACAUGCUGUUGAAGAGCAUGUUCGUCACGCCUUCCACAAUGGCCUCCGUUGGCACAGUACAGUUGUGGGUGUCUGGAAUUCUGGCCAUCCUCCGUGUGCUCAUCUCCCAGUCCACAGAGGACAUCAUUCUCUCCCGUGUCCAGGAGCUGUCUCUGUCUCCGUACCUCCUGUCCUGCCCCACCAUCUGCUGUCUCCACAACAAUGACCUUUCACCUCCCGCUGUCCAGCCCAGUGCUACUGUAGAGACCAAUGGGGAGCAGCAGCGCUUCCCACCUGAAGAGACAUUCGCCAGGUUCCUUCUGCAGUUGGUGGGGGUGUUGUUGGGUGAUAUCUCCAGUAAGCAGGUGAAGGUGGAUAUGACUGACCAGCAGCACACCUUGUACUGCCAGCAACUGGGAACCCUCCUUAUGUGUCUUAUACACAUUUUCAAAUCAGGAAUGUUCCGGCGCAUCACGGCUGCAGGUAGCCGGCUGCUGAAGGCCGAGGGGGCUGAGGGUGGCAGUUUCUACCCCCUGGAGGGGCUUAAUGACCUUGUGCUGCAGCUGAUCACCACACACCCCUCUCUGGUUCUGCUCUGGUGCCAAGUGCUACUUAUCAUCAACUAUACCAACUACACGUGGUGGUCAGAGGUGCACCAGACGCCCAGGAGGCACAGUCUGUCCAGCACCAAGCUGCUGAGCCCUCACUCCUCUGGCGAGGGGGAGCAUGAACAGCCCGAGGGGAAGCAGGCCAUGUGCAACAGAGAGAUAGUUCGUAGAGGAGCGCUCAUCCUGUUCUGCGACUAUGUGUGUCAGAACCUGCAUGAUUCAGAGCAUCUGACAUGGUUGACUGUGAACCAUGUGAGGGAUCUGAUCAGUCUGUCUCAUGAGCCUCCUGUGCAGGACUUCAUCAGUGCGGUGCAUCGGAACUCUGCAGCCAGUGGUCUCUUCAUCCAGGCAAUCCAGUCCCGCUGUGAUAACCUCUCUACCCCGGUGAUGUUGAAGAAAACUCUGCAGUGUCUGGAGGGGAUUCAUCUCAGUCAGUCUGGAGCUCUGCUCAUGCUUUAUGUGGACAAAUUGCUGAACACACCCUUCCGCGUGCUGGCUCGCAUGGUCGACACACUCGCCUGUAGACGUGUAGAGAUGUUACUCGCUGAGACGUUACAGAAUAGUAUAGCUCAGCUGCCUGUAGAGGAGCUGGACAGAAUCCAGCAGUACCUCCAGUCAAGCGGGCUAGCUCCGAGGCAUCAGAGGUUCUACUCCCUGCUGGACAGGUUCCGAGCCACUGUUGCCGAGGAAACCACAAGCCCCUCCCCUCCCCUUACCCAGCAUCCUCUGGAUGGCGAGCCACCCCCUCCCCCUGAGAAAAUCAUAGCCAAUAAGGAGUGGUAUGUUGCUCUGGUGAAGUCACAGUGUUGUCUGAGAGGUGAAGGUUCUCUAUAUGAGACCACAGACCUGCUAACCAAACUGCCCCAAUGUGACCUAAAAGCCAUCAUGUCCUACAAGGACUUCAACCUGUGUCUGCUGGCUCCGUGCUUGAGUGUUGGCCUACAGAGGCUAUGUAGAGAUCAGGGGACAGUUCUUUUUGAGACUGCCCUCCAUGUGACAUUCGACCAGUUGGCCAGCAUCACAGCACUCCUCCCCUCUCCUCAUCAGCCCCUCCCACUCUCCUCUCAGUCUAACAUGGACUCCUCCUACUGGAACGCACUCAGCACUGUAUAUGGUGAGCCAGGGUUCUAUCAGACAGUGCAGAGUGUGUGUGGAGCGUUGAGUCAGUACCUGUUGGCUCUGCCCAAAUUACCCUCAGCUCUACACAUCCCCCCUGCCAUAGAGCAGCUCAUCGCAGCCUUCAGCACCCUCGCUGUGGAGCUCGUGGUAUGGCAGUUACUUCAGGACCGACUGCCUCUCAGCGUAGAUGUUCAGAUGAGCGUGUCCUGCCUAUGUCUGGCCCUGCAGCAGCCUGUAGUCUGGACACACUUUGCCUCUCGCACUUACCUCACGCACACUUGCUCCAUUAUCCAUUGCAUUCAGCUGCUCAUCUACGCAGUUGCUGUUGGUCCUGGUGACCAGCUUGUAAAGCCAGAGAGGAAGACCUCCCUUAAAGACUCUGAGGAAGACCAGGUGGACUCUGCACAAGACAAUGUAUGUGAGCGGCAAUGUUGUGAGAUUAUGGCUGAGUUGGUUGAAAGUCUGCAGAGUGUUCUGACCCUUGGUCACCAUAGAAACAGCAAUAUCCCAGCAUUCCUCACUCCUGUCCUUCGGAAUGUCAUCAUCAGCCUGGCCAGGCUGCCACUCGUCAACAGCUACACACGUGUCCCGCCCCUAGUCUGGAAGCUGGGCUGGUCUCCAAGGCGUGGUGGGGAAUUUGGAACAGCACUGCCUGAGAUACCUGUCGAGUUCCUUCAGGAGAAAGAGGUCUUCAGGGAAUUUCUCUACCGCAUUAACACUCUUGGAUGGAGUAGUAGGACCCAGUUUGAGGAGACCUGGGCUACUUUAUUAGGGGUGCUGGUCACCCAGCCAAUUGCUAUGGACCAAGAGGAGGAAAGCCAGCAAGAGGAGGAUCUUGAGAGGACUCAGAUAAACGUACUGGCGGUGCAGGCCAUCACCUCACUGGUUCUGAGUGCCAUGAGUCUGCCUGCAGCGGGAAACCCUGCCGUCAGCUGCCCAGAGCAGCAGCCACGCAACAAAAGCCUCAAAGCUCUCGACACCAGGUUUGGUCGUAAGUUGAGCGUUAUUAGAGGUGUGGUGGAGAGAGAGAUUCAGGCCAUGGUGUCCAAGAGAGAUAACAUAGCCACACACUUCCCUUACCAAGCCUGGGACCCAGUGCCAUCACUGUCUUCAUCGUCUUCAGGCACACUGAUCAGCCAUGAGAAACUCCUCCUGCAGAUCAACACAGAGAGAGAAAUGGGCAACAUGGACUAUAAAUUAGGCCAGGUGUCCAUCCACUCCGUCUGGCUGGGGAAUAACAUCACUCCUCUGAGGGAGGAAGAGUGGGGUGAGGAUGAGGAAGAUGAAACGGAUGCUCCAGCACCUUCCUCGCCACCGACAUCUCCUCUCAAUUCCAGGAAGCACCGUGCUGGGGUGGACAUUCACUCCUGUUCCCAGUUCCUCCUGGAGCUCUAUAGCCAGUGGAUUCUCCCUGGGAUCCCCAGCAACCGAAAAAUCCCUGUGGUGCUCAUUAGUGAGGUGGUGAGAUCGAUGUUGGCGGUGUCUGAUCUGUUUACCGAGAGGAAUCAGUUCGAUAUGAUGUUCUCCACGCUAAUGGAGCUACAGAAGGCCCACCCUCCAGAGGACGAGAUCCUCAACCAGUACCUUGUUCCUGCGAUCUGCAAAGCAGCCGCGGUCUUGGGCAUGGACAAGGUGACAGCAGAGCCUGUCUGUCGGCUGCUGGAGACCACGUUGCGCAGCACCCAUUUGCCUAGUCGGAUUGGAGCACUGCACGGCGUCCUCUAUGUAUUGGAAUGUGAUCUGCUAGACGACACAGCGCACCAACUCAUACCCAAUGUCAGCGAAUAUGUACUGUCUAAUCUACGGGCCAUUGCCCAUUGUGUGAAUCUGCAUAGUCAGCAGCAUGUGUUGGUGAUGUGUGCUGUGGCAUUUUACAUGAUGGAGAACUAUCCACUGGAUGUGGGCUCAGAGUUCAAUGCAGGUGUUAUCCAGCUUUGUGGUGUGAUUCUCUCAGCCAGCGAGGAGGCCACACCAUCAGUGAUCUACCACUGUGCCCUGCGAGGUCUGGAGCGAUUGCUCCUGUCUGAGCAGCUGUCGCGCGUGGACGCGGAGACGCUGGUGAAGCUGAGCGUGGAGCGUGUGAACAUGCCUAGCCCGCACCGUGCCAUGGCCGCCCUGGGUCUCAUGCUCACCUGCAUGUACACAGGUGUGCCAGGAGAGGAAGGGAAGGAGAAAGGGAGUCCAGGCCGACCGGCCGACACUGACCCCGUGGCCCCUGACAGUGAGUCCGUUAUCGUUGCCAUGGAACGCGUCUCCGUUCUCUUUGACCGGAUCCGUAAAGGUUUUCCGUGCGAGGCACGGGUAGUGGCUCGGAUCUUGCCACAGUUCCUGGAUGACUUUUUCCCACCACAAGAUGUCAUGAACAAAGUCAUUGGCGAGUUCUUGUCCAAUCAGCAGCCUUACCCACAGUUCAUGGCCACAGUUGUUUAUAAGGUGUUUCAGACGCUCCAUGCCACUGGUCAGUCCUCCAUGGUGCGAGACUGGGUGUUGCUGUCACUGUCCAACUUCACACAGAGAACACCUGUAGCCAUGGCGAUGUGGAGUUUGUCAUGCUUCUUUGUCAGUGCCUCCACCAGCCAGUGGAUCUCUGCCCUCCUGCCUCACGUGAUCAGUCGCAUGGGCAAGUCCGACACGGUGGACCUUAGCCUCUUCUGUCUGGUGGCCAUGGACUUCUACCGACACCAGAUCGACGAGGAGUUGGACCGCAGGUGCUUCCAAUCAGUCUUUGAGAUGGUGGCGUCUCCCGGUAGCCCUUAUCACCAGCUACUGUGCUGUCUACAGACCAUUCACCAGGACACUUCACUAUGAGGCAUGCCAGAAUAAUUAUACCAAUGUCUUGCUGUGAGACGGAUGAUAAUGUUACACUAGUUUAUGCCCCGGUCAGACCAUAAUGUCCAGUCCUGAUCCUCACUUAAAGCCGCAGUGCUGUUAGACUGACAGCACAGUUCCGUGCAGUCCAUAGUACCCUAGUAGGUCACUCUGAGACAGACCGUUAUCUGGUCAGGAGUAGGACUGUGAGGCCAGGAGGGCUUAUGAUGCUGACCAUCAAACAUAAACGUAACAUUAUGGCUAGUUCAUGUUUACAAGAAAUGGUGGGAUUGAAUUUGGUUGGAAACACAACAGCAACUUCUGAUGUCAGAAGGCUAAUGGGGAGACAAAAUAGCAGGCCAAGCACAUUGACUAGUAGUGUGUGUGAUGAUCCAUACACUCCAUACUAGGUCCCCUCACAGUGAACAAAUAGUACAUAGCCUCCUUUGAUCCAGACUUGGUCAAUAACAGGUUUAGGAUCAGAGUUCUCCAGCCUUACAUCUUUGCAACUCUUUGCUAUAUCACUCCCUCAACUGGCCCAAAUCAGAACAGUCACCAUAGAGAAGGACGUCCAGGUCGGCAAUCACUGUAUCUUCGUGUAAAAAAUUACUCAGAAGUAUACUGUUCAAGAUGUAACAAAGAGCCACACAUUGGAUGCAUCAUAUUUGGUUGUGGUGUAUAGUUCCUUUCGCCCCUUUCUAACCUCCUCCUCCGACCCUAGAAGCAGAAGACCUUUCCCUCCAUUUUCUCUCGAAUCAUUCCUUUGCACAAAUGAUGCAUCUGUUUGCCCUUUACGAACUUUAGCACUUCGUGAAAUUAGAGAAAAGUAAUAUUAAACUGACUUUAUAUUAUUCUUCCUUAUCUGAGGGAGCUUGCUUAAGCCAUGUUCAAAUAAGUAAACAAUUUCCAUGUAUUUAAAAUACAAAGUGUUCUUUUUUUCUCCGUGCAGCAUGGGGGGAGGGUGAUAGGGUUGAGUGGGGAUAAAGUUUACUGUUUUCUUAUUAGUCCAAUUGUCUUUGAUGUUUUUAUGUUUUUAAAUAUUUUUUUAUUAAAUUGCCACUUUCUCUUCAGUCAUAAGGAAGUUAACGCUCUUCUGGAAAAGCGUUAAAUGCAGCCAAAGUGCUCGGAGUUUUAGAUUGUAUAAUCAUGGCAGAUCAGUCAGCAUGUAAAACUGCUGCACACAGAUUAAAAGUGAGUCAGUGUAAUCCAUUACACCUUCCUAAUUUCAUUGAUUUUUUUUAAUGCUCAGGAUGUAAAAUGAUUAUUAAUAUAGUAUUAUAAAUGGAACCCUGUCUUUUAUGCUUAGUGUCUAAAUCAUGUAAAAAGGUAUGUAAAAGAAAAUAUUUAUGUUAAACUGCUAAAACCCUGUGGUGUGUGAGAAUAGAAUAAGGGUAACUGCAUAAAAAGAAAUUUUGAGAAGAGUUAAACCAGAGUUACUGAAAGUUACCUAAACCAUAUCUCUCAGCACGGCAUUUGUAAACCCUGGAGCUCUUAAAGUUUCUCCUUGUAGAGAGCUCCAACUGAAUUACAAAAUCAAGACAAAAUGACAGCAAACUUGUCCUGGAUUAAACAAUUGGACCGUUUUGACAGAAGAGGUGUCGCCUCACUGUAAAUAGAAGCCUUUGCUAACAGCCUGGCAGCAUAUUGUAACCUGCAGCAUGCCAUCGUCUGCUUUCAAUAUGAAAUCGAUAUUUUCAUGUGAUGUCAAUAUUACAGUGGAGGGGGGAGGGGGGGGGGGCACUUUUGUGGUCAGUGAGAUGCAGCACCUAUACUAUAGUGACCAAUGACAAACUUGGAGCAUAUCUGAUAGAAAUCACUGAUUGUAUUUAGGUAUCCCUGGCAUGCGUAUUGGCUCUCUACCUUGGCAAUGGAAUUUGUUGGUCUUGUUGCAUUACAGUCUUAGCUUUAGAUAUGUUAAAUAUGAACUUAUAUCCAGUGCUGUCAGCAUCGUUUUAGUGGUAGACAGUCUGAAAUAUCCAGCCUUUCACAUUUUCACAGUUAAAAGUGUACCCUUGUAUAGACACAUUGAAUCGAUGUUUCUUCAUGCACUCAGAGGUUUCUCAGCUGUAAUAGAUUUAUUUUGGCCACAGCGCCACUCAAAAUUCUGUAUGUACACAAUAAACUUUUAACUCCUG